GCUAACCUAAACGUGAGGCUGCAAGACCGAGACAGACGCUGCACCGCACUGUUAACAGCUGCUGUUUUAGGGAAAACUAACAAGCAACAAUAUUAUUGUUGCAGUUACAUAUUCAUAAGAAAAGUUGCGUUUUAUUUUUUAUCAAAUUUGUAAUCAUGAGUCAACGACAGGUUUUACAAGUGUUUGAGCAGUAUCAGAAAUCAAGGACACAGUUUGUGCAGACUAUUGCUGAGCUUGCAACAAGACCGCAAAACAUUGAAACUUUACAAAAUGCUGGUGUGAUGUCCCUGCUGCGGCCAUUACUGCUAGAUGUGGUUCCUACCAUCCAGCAGACAGCUGCUCUGGCUCUGGGAAAACUGGCCAACUACAAUGACGACCUGGCAGAGGCCGUCGUCAAGGGAGACAUCCUCCCACAGCUCGUCUACUCCCUGGCCGAGCAGAACAGGUUCUAUAAGAAGGCAGCUGCGUUUGUCCUGCGUGCGGUGGCCAAGCACAGCCCUGCUCUGGCCCAGGCCGUGGUGGACUGUGGAGCGUUGGACGCUCUGGUCAUCUCUCUGGAGGAGUUUGACCCUGACGUCAAGGAGGCUGCCGCCUGGGCUCUGGGAUACAUUGCACGCCACAACGCACACCUGUCUCAGGAGGUAGUGGAUGCAGGAGCCGUUCCUCUGCUGGUGCUGUGUAUCCAGGAACCAGAGGUGGCCCUGAAACGCAUCGCUGCCUCGGCCCUCAGCGACAUCGCCAAGCACUCACCUGAGCUGGCUCAGACUGUGGUCGACACUGGCGCCAUCGCACACCUGGCCCAGAUGAUCCUCAACCCCGACGCCAAGCUGAAGAGGCAGGUGUUCUCUGCCCUGAGUCAGAUCAGUAAGCACUCAGUGGACCUGGCCGAGAUGGUGGUGGAGGCAGAGAUCUUCCCUGCUGUCCUGGCCUGCCUCCGAGACCCCGACGAGUACGUCAGGAAGAACGUCACCACGCUGAUGAGAGAGAUCACCAAACACACACCUGAGCUGUCUCAGAUGAUCGUGAACACAGGUGGUGUGGCGGCGGUGAUUGACUACCUGAGUGAUUGCCGUGGUAAUGUGCGGUUGCCAGGGAUCAUGAUGCUUGGAUAUGUGGCUGCUCACUCUGAAAACCUUGCCAUGGCCGUCAUCGUCUCUAAGGGGGUGCCCCAGCUGGCCAUCUGUCUGUCUGAGGAGCCAGAGGAACAUAUCAAGGCGGCAACAGCGUGGGCGUUUGGCCAGAUUGGCCACCACACCCCGGAGCACGCCAGGGCCGUUGCCACGGCUAACGUCCUGCCCAAGUUGCUGGCCCUCUACAUGGACACAGACAGCUCCGAGGACCUGCAGGUCAAGGCUAAGAAGGCUCUGAAGAGUAUCCUACAGAAGUGCAACUACCUGCCUGCUCUGGAGCCCCUGCUCUACGAAGCUCCCAGCAACAUCCUCAAACACGUCGUCUGCCAGUUCAGCAAGGUGCUGCCCCGUGACAGCAACGCUCGUCGUCUGUUUGUGACCAGCGGAGGCCUGAAGAAGGUUCAGGAGAUUAAGGCUGAUCCUGGAUCUGCCCUGCAGGAGUACAUCAACUCUAUCAACAGCUGUUACCCUGAGGAGAUAGUCAGAUACUACUCCCCCGGCUACUCAGAGACCCUGCUGGAGCAGGUAGAGAGGUACCAGCCUGUCUGAGGGUCUGGGGAGAUAUGGGCUCGCAUCCCCUCGUUACUGACACUAAAUGUGAGAUUACGAUUUUACCGUUUCACCCUCAUCCAUGAAUAUGAGGACUGAAGACUAUAUAAAACUAUCGUUUAUUAUCGCACUGA